AUGCAGGAGGUGAACGUGAGAGUUGCAGUACGGGUGAGGCCCCUGCUGACCAAAGAAAAGCUGAGUGGGGAGCAGAUGUGUGUCCGUCCGGGAUCAAACCAGAACCAGCUUAUUUUAGGGACAGACAGGUCAUUCACUUUUGACCACAUCUUUUUCAGCAAAGCCCAGCAGGAAGAUGUCUACAAACUGUGUGUUGAGCCACUGGUAGUAAGCCUUUUUGAUGGAUACAAUGCCACAGUCUUUGCCUAUGGACAAACGGGCUCAGGCAAGACAUACACUAUUGGUGGAGGGGACAUAACUACACUGACAGAGGAAGAAUAUGGGAUUAUACCUCGUGCUAUCACCCACAUGUUCAAGAUCAUGAAGGAAAAUAAAACAAAGACCUUUACAGUAAACGUUUCAUAUAUUGAAAUCUACAUGGAGGAGCUGCGAGAUCUGUUGUCUCUGGACACACCUGCAAAAGAUCUCCAUGUUCGUGAGGACAACAAAGGAAACACAGUUAUAGUUGGUGCUCGAGAAGUGCAGUGUGAGAGCCUGGACGAGGUCAUGUCUCUGCUAGAAUCCGGCUCUGCAGCCAGGCACACAGGGUCGACACAGAUGAACGAACAGUCCAGUCGGUCACAUUCCAUAUUUACUGUUGUUAUUGGUCAGAAUUGGUCAGAACCAGAUCCAGUCAAAGACACAAAGGUCAGACAGCAAAGUGUCAAUAACCUUUAUGGAUUGGAGGAAGAUGAUAUGAGCCAUUAUAUGAGUGGUAAAUUUCAUUUUGUUGAUCUGGCCGGGUCAGAAAGAGCACACAAGACUGGAAACAUAGGAGAUAGGUUUAAGGAAUCGAUUCACAUCAAUUCUGGUUUGCUAUCACUGGGCAAUGUUAUCAGUGCUUUAGGAGAUGUCAAGAAAAAGUCAACACACAUUCCCUACCGGGAGUCCAAGAUCACCAGACUGUUAAAAGAUUCACUUGGUGGAAAUGCCAAAACUUUAAUGAUCUGCUGUAUCAGCCCUGCCUCCUCUAGCUUUGAUGAAUCUCUGAAUUCACUCAAGUAUGCCAACAGAGCGAAGAACAUCAAAAAUAAACCAAUUAUCAACAGAGAUAUCCAGUCUAUCCGCUUUGAGGAGAUGCAAUGUGAAAUUAAGGCACUGCGAGAGGAACUGGCCAGGCAGAAAACAACAGUGAGUCUGUAUGCAGACAUGGAAGGAUUGCCAGAUACAGGGCAUAUCAGAGAGCUUGAGGACAAAGUUGCCAGACUUCAGACAGAAUGUGGUCACUACAGAAUGGUUGCAGAGCAGGCCUACAAACAUAUCAUGGAGAUUCAGGAGAAAGAGAUUCUGUCUAAAAGUCAGAAUGUACGGCUGAGAGAUUGGAUGGAGUUGUUGGAGGAGCUGAAGAGUACCAUGCCCAUGAAUGUCAGCCCAGAGGAGAUGCAGAAUGGAAUGAUCAAGGAACUACAGCAAGAACUUCAAAAGUGCCGUACUCAUCUUGAAAGUGAUGAAAAGAUUUUUGCCGAAAAGUCUCGUGAAAUGAAUCAGUUACACGAUACUAUCAAGGAGUUUGAGAAAUCUGCCAGUUUGAUGGAGUCACAGCUGCAUGAAGAAAUGAUGAAGUGCCAACAGCAAGCUGAGCAACUGAUUUCACAGCAGAUUAGGAUAGACGAGCUGGAGGCUGCCCUGAAGAUGACAGCACUACAGGACAGCAGUCUAGAUGAGACAUCUUCACUUCCACUAGCAUUGACUUCCACAGGAGGUAUCUCGGGAAGACGACCAAAGUCAGUGCCUGCUCAUGUGUAUAAGGCACAGGAAGAUGGUAGCCGGCUUCGUCCAGCCUCCCGACUGAUCAAAACAAGCCCUGCUCACUUCACUCUGGAGCGAGUCAUGCAAAGCUUCAGGGCCAGGAGUCAGCUGUUGAUCAGCAGGCUGGAAGAUGAGGAUGAUGUUCUUCAUCAGACUUUUAGUGAUGACGAAGAUGAGGAGAAGGAGGAAGAGAAUAUUUCACCAGAACAAAAUGGGGAGUUUGGAAAGUAC